CCUUCCCUCUUUUCCUCUUUUUUUUUUUUUCCUCCGGACAUGGAGAUCAAAGGCCCAGAGACUCCCAGCAUCCAACAGCAGAUGGAGGGCUGCCACAGACUACCAGCAAGCCAAACUAAGUCUCAUUCCCCGAAAGCACUGCAGCUGUCGGAGUAGUUUCCUCCCGAGUUUUCUGCCCACCUGUGCAGAGGGGAAACACAGAAGUGAUACCUUUUUCCUGGUUAAUCUCAAUGUUUUCUUCUGAUCGCAGCCUCGUCCCUGCGCCCAGAGCUCCAGGCUCUGAACUCUGAGUCUCCUCCCCCUUUUUCUCUUUCACUCGUUCAGCUGUCACUCUGUCUGUCACCCUCAGGAUAUCCCCUUCCCUCUUUCUAGGGUUUCAUAAUGCAUCGGGAUCUCAUUCAAAGGCACGGGUGGAUUUCAUCCCCCUGCUUUCUCCUUGUUUGAGAAUAUGGACGAGUAUUGAGUGUUACUUCAGCAUGAAUCAACAGACUGGGGUCAUGGCAAUAAGCGAAAGGUCACAGGCCGGUGCCUCACACAGCCUCGAACUUAACUUUGAAUAACUAGAUACAGAAAUAUUGUUUUAUUUUUGUCAUUUUUUUGGCACUGUUUUUUAAGCUGAGUUCAGUUUUUUUUCGGAAGCAGUUUUGUAUGUGUGUUUCUUGGAUCUAUCACAUUUACAAUCAUGGGAAAUGCAGCAGGCAGCAUGGAGGUAUCAGGGAAGGAGGGCAAGGCGGUGUCGGCCCCCCCAGGUUCCACGGGCUCCCAGAAACGAACCGCGAAACUCCCGAUGCCACCUGAGGAAGAACUGGAGCGACGCUUCGGUGCAGUGCUGAACACAAUGAAUCUUCCUCCAGACAAGGUGAAGAUCCUCAGUCAGUAUGACAACGAGAAGAAGUGGGACCUGAUCUGUGACCAGGAGCGUUUUCAAGUGAAGAAUCCACCAUCCGCCUACUUGGAGAAGCUGAGGAGUCAUCUGGAUCAUGGAGGAGUCAGUCGGAAGUUUAAGAGACGUGUCCAGGAGUCCACUCAGAUCCUGAGAGAGUUGGAGAUUUCCCUGAGGACCAAUCACAUAGGCUGGGCUCAGGAGUUCCUAAACGAGGAGAACCAAGGCUUAGAUGUUCUUGUGGAUUAUCUGUCCGUCGCCCACAGAGUUGUCACGUAUGACGUGGACACUUUGGAGAAUGGCACGCUGCCCACAGACAAAAACAAGACUGCGGACAAGUCAGUGGAAGAUCUGAACACAAGUGCCAGCAACUCACCUAGUCACAGUGCCUCGAAGGCCAGCAAGGCCUUCACAGUCAGGAAAGCCCCGAGGACUUCUCGUGUUGUGAGCCAGACAGACGACGUUCAUCUCUGCAUCAUGUGUUUACGUGCCAUCAUGAACUAUCAGUCUGGGUUCAACCUGGUGAUGAAGCACCCGUGCUGUGUCAACGAGAUCACGCUCAGUCUCAACAACAGAAACCCGAGGACCAAGGCGCUGGUGCUGGAGCUGCUGGCGGCCGUGUGUUUGGUGAGAGGAGGCCAUGACAUCAUCGUUUCCGCCUUCGACAACUUCAAAGAGGUGUGUGGAGAGAAAAGUCGGUUUGAGAAGCUCAUGGAGUAUUUCUACCACGAAGACAGCAACAUCGACUUCAUGGUGGCCUGUAUGCAGUUCAUCAACAUCGUGGUCCACUCAGUGGAAAACAUGAACUUCAGAGUCCACCUGCAGUACGAGUUCACUCGUCACGGGCUGGAUGACUACCUCGAGAGGUUGAAGUUCACAGAGAGCGACAGGCUGCUGGUGCAGAUUCAGGCCUAUCUGGACAAUGUGUUUGAUGUGGGAGCUCUGCUGGAGGACGCAGAGACCAAGAACGCUCUGCUGGAGCACCUGGAGGAGCUACAGGAGCACAACACACAGCUGAGCUCCAGGCUUCAGGAGAGUGAGCAGGAGGCGAUGGAGAAAGUGUCAGAAAUGGAGAAGAAGCUCAUUCAGAACACAAAGGAAGUGGAACUCCUAAAGGAGAGUCUACGUGAAUCCUGCUCGCAGGUGACUCUCCUGCAGCUGCGAGAGCGGGAGAGAGAGCUAGAGCGUGAGAGCGAGAGAGAGAGAGAGCGAGACAAGGAUCGGUCCACCCAGGCCCUGAGGGAGCUGGAGGUUAAAGUCCAGGCUCUGGUGGAGCAGGGGCUGGUCCGGAUGGAGCGCUCCGCCUCCGGAAACCUGGACGUCCAGGUGGUCCCUCUCAUCCAGCACGUGAUGCAGAAAGCCAAAGAUGAAGCAGAUUCAGGUCAAGACCACGAGACCUCUCCCCCCUCCUCAGACCCUCAGCCUCCCCUCUCUCUGCAGCCGGCGACAGUGCAAGCUGCUCCACCUCCUCCUCCUCCUCCUCCUCCAGGCUCAACUGGAAGUCAUCCACCUCCUCCUCCACCACCUCCACCUCUAGGCUUAACUGGAACUCCUCCUCCUCCUCCUCCACCUCCACCAGCAGCUCCACCCUUCCUAUUGCUAGGUGGUACGACCCAGCCAUCAGGGGAUGUGACUCAUGGCAGCUCAGGUUGUAAAAAGAAGAAGCCUAUUCAAACCAAAUACCGCAUGCCCCUGUUGAACUGGCAGGCCCUUAAAUCCAACCAGGUGGCAGGAACCAUCUUCAACGAGCUGGACGAUGAGCACGUCUUAGAGGAGCUUGACAUGGCGAAUUUUGAGGAGCAGUUCAAGACCAAGGCCCAGGCCGCCCCUAUCGAACUGGGGACCCUCAAGAUGAAACUGGCCCACAAGACGCCGAGUAAAGUGUCUCUAAUGGAGCCCAACCGGGCCAAAAACCUGGCCAUCACCCUGCGCAAGGAAGGAAUGGCUGCAUCUGAUAUCUGCUGUGCAAUCGAGACGUACAACCAGAGAGCUCUGAGCCUGGACUUCCUCGAGCUCCUGGAGCGUUUCAUCCCCACGGAGUACGAAAUGAAGCUCAUCCACAACUACGAGUGUGAGGGCAGGCCACCUGACGAGCUCAGCGAGGAGGACCGCUUCAUGAUGCGCUUCAGCAAGAUCCCGCGGCUUUCCCAGCGCAUCAGCACUCUCACCUUCAUGGGCAAUUUCCCUGAGAGCGUCCAGUUAAUACAGCCGCAACUGAAUGCCAUCAUCGCCGCCUCAAUGUCGAUCAAAUCUUCCAGCAAGCUGAAGAAAAUCCUCGAGAUCAUAUUAGCGUUCGGAAACUACAUGAACAGCAGCAAGCGAGGGGCAGCGUACGGCUUCCGCCUGCAGAGUUUAGACUUGCUGUUAGACACCAAAUCUACAGACCGAAAGCAGACGUUGCUGCACUUCAUCGUCAGCAUCAUCCAGGAGAAAUACCCGCAGGUCCAGGCCUUCUACACAGAGCUGCACUUCCUGGACAAGGCGGCGCUGGUUUCUCUGGACAGCAUCCUGCAGGAUGUGCGAGCUCUGGAGCGCGGCAUGGAGGUGAGCAGGAGGGAGCUCAGCGUGGAAAAAGACAAUCCUGUUCUCCAGACCUUUCUCAGCAGCAACACUGAGCUGCUCCACUCGCUCACAGCAGACGGAAAAACUGCCCAGGAUGCAUACGACUCUGCUGUGGAGUACUUUGGAGAGAACUCUAAGACCACUCCACCCUCUGUGUUCUUCCCUGUUUUUGUCAGGUUCAUCAAAGCAUACAAGCAAGCUGAGCAGGAGAACGAGCAGAGGAAGAAACAGGUGCUGAACUGUGAAGCUCCAUCAACUCCACCUAAAGCCGCAGUCAGUGGGAAUAAGAUUUGCGUGACGUCCAAACUGCCACAGAUGGAUCUGAUCGCGGAGCUGAAGAAGAAGCAGGCGUCUCCUCUGGUGAGGGAGGGGAAGGACGGAGCCAUCGAGGACAUCAUCACAGAUUUAAGGAAUCAGCCGUACAGACGGACUGACGGAGGCCGACGCAGCGCCAAGUGGAAACCAGGACAACAGCUCAACGUGUCCUCAGACAUCUCCCUCUGAAAAACACUGCACACCACACUGAAAGCUUUCAACUGCAAGAGCACAACGUUUAAACCCACCGUGGCAGCCAUCUUACUUCCUCGUGCAUGUUUAAGAACGCGGAGGUGAACAUGCAUGGUUCAGAAAGUCAAACUGUUCCCUGACACACACACACACACACACACACACACACACACACACGCUCUUUGUGUUACAGCGAGGCAUCUUUCUGUAUAAAGUCAGAACUCGGAGACACGGGCGAUACAUAGCUCAGUUGUUAGAGCGGGCGCCCAUAUAUGGAGGUUUACUCCUCGACGCAGCGGGCCCGGGUUAGACUCCGACCUGCGGCCCUUUGCUGCAUGUCGUUCCCCCUCUCAUGUCUUCAGCUGUCCUGUCGAAUAAAGGCCUAAGAAAAUGGCCCAAAAAAUAAUCUUAAAAAAAAAAACUUGGAUACACUUGGUCAGUGACUUGUCAUAGCUGGGGGCGUGGCCUGUGGCAGAGUCGCCGUGGGGGAAAACAAUCCUUUCCCCUGACUGGAUAACAUAGCGUUAACCCAGUAUGGACUACUCAAAAGCACUUUUACCGCUUGACAGAGAAAGAUACAUUAAAAAACUGAGCCAUAUUGGGUUGGAUUGUCCGAACAUUAUAAGUGACUGGACAAAGGACCCAACGGAACGGCCAGAGGUGUCGUUUCCCCACAUUUUUUGUUAAUGUUAGCCACCUGAUUGAGUCUCCAGGUAAGAGACAGCUAACGUUAACCGUUAGCUAAUUUUAGAUGAUUCAAUCUGACUGUUUAUCAGUAACGUUAUCCCAGGGUCAUCAAACAGUCUGUUGUUACCCCAUGUUCAUUAAAGCUAUACUAAAGACUAGUAUGUCUAAGCAUGUUAAAUGAAUAAAUUCUGUGUAACUGUUACAGUUUAUAGCAGCGACAUGAGUGGUAUUAAACUGUAUAUCAAACUUAAUUUAUUAAGAACGCCACACAGCAACUUUUCGGUACCAAGCAGAAAAACAACCGUAAAUCUGACAAAGAUUAUCCACUAACAAGGUCCACGCUCAUUAAUUAGAAUGGUUUGUUUUCCCCCACGGCAGCAAUGGACAUGACGUUUUAGUGGGCGUUCCCAGUAAUGCCGACCAAGUCUAUGAUUGUUGAAACGUUCUGUGAUUUGAAUAAUCAAAUGUUUGGGUGAAUAUUCUCUAGGCUUGAUCCUAAUGACACUGAAUGUCCUCUGAGCUCAGUAAAGAAAAUUGCGGCUGAUCUGUAACAAGAGCGCUUCAUUAACGCCGCUCGGCUAAAAGUGAAUCUUCAAAGGCAUUAAAAACAAACUUUGACGAACAGAACACUCAUAAAUCAUUUUAAUAGUCUUCUUAAAAAAUGCCCAAGACAUGACUUUUUAAUUGGCUUCGUUUUGAAAUAGAAAGAUGGACAGCGGUAAUUGAUGUUCUGUCUCAUAGGAGGUAUCAAAGAUUUAGGCCGAAGAUUUGUAAUAUAUUUAAAUUAUUUUUAAUACUGAAGUGUAAGAAUGAGUCACUUCUACAGUACGUUGCUUCUGCAUUUCAACAAAUAAAGCAUUUUAUACUCUUAUUGA